AGAAAGAGAGAGAGAGAGGGAGGGAGGAGGGGAAAAAAAGAAAGACGGGAAUAUCAACACAAAGCAGAAUGUGAAACAACGUGUCAUCCGCGGAGGAUUUGUGUGCGCGGCGUGAGAGACGUGAGUUGCGCAUGAUCCCGGUAAACGCACACACGGCCGAGCUGCGCGGCGAAAGAAGCGACAAAGUGAAACACAAAGAUUUGAAGGGGAGCCCCGCCGACGUGAUAUAGUCCAAUAUCCAGGACCUAACUGCACCCGUCUGCGCAAUUACCGCCACUUGCAAGCAACUUUAUAGAUUACUUUUUUGUAUAUAGAAAGAAAGAAAGAAAGAAAGAAAGAAAGAAAGAAAGAAAGAAAGAAAGAAAGAAAAAAGAUGGCAGAAGAAAGUGUGACGUUUAGUCACACAACAAUGAAUAAACGGAGAAGGCUUUCCGAGAUGCAGCAGAAUAACAAGAGGAUAGUAUGAGCACAGGUCCUUGGUUUGCGCCGAGUUUUUUCUUCCGUUGGGGCCACUUUCGCGUCUUUUGGGGAUGUUUGCGUGUCGCAUCUAUCCGGUCUCAGUGCGGAUAUUGACUUUGCUGCUCCUGAUAAGACCGGGAUUUGGAUCUGAGCUCAGGGUCCGAGUCCGGCUCUCUGACGGACUGAUCACCGAGGAGGUGUUGGAGGCGGACAGUGAGAGAGACUCCAUAUCACUUGAGUUCAAACAGGGAGACGGCACUCUCAUUACUUUCGUCGCUGACUUCCUACAGGAUGUGAAGAUAUUCCGAGCACUGAUCCUGGGAGAGCUGGAGAGAGGACAGAGUCAGUACCAGGCCCUCUGCUUCAUCACCCGCCUCAACCACAAUGAGAUCAUCCCCAGCGAGUCCAUGGCCCGACUCAGACAGAAAAACCCACAGGCCAUUCGCCUGGCAGAGGAGAGGAGAGGACUGGAGCAGCUGACCAUGAGCGUGGCAGUUAAUCUGAGCCGGGCCUGGCCUCUCAGCUCCCACAUUCACAAAAUGUGCAAUGAGGCCCGUGAGGCCAUCUACACCAGGGAGGCCGACGUCAAACACUGGCUUAGCAAAGGAGUGGAGGGCUCCAUAUUUGAGAUCCUGCCCCAUGCUGUGGAGGUGCCCAGCUUGCAGGCCUGUCGUUCUGCAAAGGACUUGUGGCAGCCUUGCCUCUGCGUUUACAGCCUGCGUCUGGAGUGGUACCCCUGCCUUCUUAAGUACUGUCGCAGCCGGGACACGACCGGGAAAGGCACCCCCUACAAAUGUGGCAUAAAGAGCUGCAGCAAAGGCUACCAGUUCACUUACUACGUUCCCCAAAAACAACUCUGUCUAUGGGACGAAGAGACCUAACCGUUCCUCUGGAUGGUGAAAAGGAGAGAACCUGGCCACCUCCCAUCCCUCUUCCAGCCAGCGGUGCCUCUUCACCUUUGUAUUUCAAAGCUGAUAUGGUGAUAUUGGAUCUUAUUUUCCAAGAUGUGAACCAACAUGUCUCGCAUGGGUGAGCAGUGAGGUAAAGGAACUCCAGACUCAAAUUUAUUCAGGUUCCUUAAUGAGACCAAAACAUUUUUGGAUGCAAAGCUACAGUGCGUUCUCAGACAACCCCCUGACUUAAAAGCUAAAUUAAAUUAGUCAGUUUCAUUUCUUAUGCGACUUGCCGGGAAGCUGUUGAACUGUUGUGCCUUUUUGGGAGAAGUUAUUGAAGCAAAUAAUAGAUGUCAACAACUACAACCUCUUUGUUACUGAAUGCACAAACCUGGAAAGUGCAUAGUCUCUUACAUUUCUGGCCAGUUAGACACCAGCAGGGAAGCAACUACAUGCUGUGUAGAAUAAGCUGUUAUGGGAAAAGAAUUCCAAAAUUAGCGAAGGAAAUUUUGGACAGAGAAUCUAUCUGUGCAUAAAUGACAUUGAUAGUAUACCUUAAGCCAGCUAAAGUUCUGUUAAUAACAACACAGAGCAGCUAACAAGGGUAAUUUUUCUCUGAAGCUGGCUUUAUUUAUUUUAUUUUAUUUUGUUUUUGUUUUUUUGCAAAGUGAGAUUAUGGAGGAGCAUUUUUGUACCUUUUUUUUAACUAUAACCUCAUGAGAUUUUGUUGGGGUUUUUUUUUCUUUGGUUUCGCAUCACACAAGUUCAAGUAAUACUAUGCCCAACCUACUUUUUCUGUUUAAAACCAAGCCUAUUCAUGCUACAUAGUGACCCGUGAAACACACCAAAUCCCUAUUCAUUGAGAAGGUGUGAUUUACCAAAUAAGUUUAUUAUCCUGUUUAAGAGAGACCAAUGUCAGACUAACCCCACUCUGUCACCAAUGCCAAGCUCACUUUCUCCCAUUCUUUUUGAAAGCUUCAUGUAAACCAAAGUCAGCAUUCUCCAAGGAAAUUUAGUCAAAAGGAAGGUGUAAAGUUGUGGUUGCUCAAAGUAAGUUAAAUUUUUGCCAUGUCACAUUACAUACUGCAGAGGUUCCUACUUCAUUAUCUGUACUGCCAUCUUCUGGCCAUGCAAAGCUGAAUUGUGUUUUCUGCUAAAAAAAAAAAAAAGACUUGUUUCGUGAUCCUGUUUUGUAAUUUUUGCUGAUUUCAGCAAGUUAUUUCUUUUCAUCGUUUACGCACCUCACAUCCAUUGUCUCUAACAUUGUGUCAUUCAAGGAGCACUUCUUGAACAUGUGGGACCAAAUGGGAUUUCAAAUUACAUUUGCAUAGCUCUGUGGAGUAAUUUUAGUACGAUUUUUUUUCAAAUAUUGGUUGACCUCCCCUCAUUUCACUCUGAUUACAGUGUUUAUUUUGUUUCUUGCGUGUUGGUUUUGUUUCCUCCUAACUGAAAAAACCAAAUGUGUGAAACCUUUCAGUUUGUGCAGUUUGGGGUGAUCAAGUGCCUUAACAUUUCCACUAUUAUGUUUGCUGUUGUAAUUUUAAAUUCAAUUGUCAUAAGUAUUUUUCUAUGAAAGAGUCGUUUUGUUUUUGGUUUUUUUUUGUAUGUGUAAUAAACAGUUCCCCUAGUGAGAAAAUGCAGCAGUUGAGCCCUUGUACUAUUCAGGACUCGUGUUUUACGAUAUUUGUUCAAUAAAAGUCUUUC